ACAGGUUGCCCCAAUCCAGCCUCGCUACUCUCCACAUCUGUGGCCAGCACUCCGCCCAGGGGCAGCUUCCAGAAACCGUCUGUCCCCAGUUCUUUUGGUCAUUUCUCUUAAGGGUCAAUAGAAAUGGGAGAAACAUAUUUGCUGACCAAACGCGGAAAGGAGUUAUGGAGACCAGGGUCUGAUCAAUUUCGCUCACACACAAAGGCAGAGACAUGAAGGAGGCCGGAUUUCGCCCGAGGCUGGAUCUCACCACCACCCCUCCUCCAUCUCUCCAGUUCUUCCCCCACUUUCCUCCUGCUGUUCUGUCCUCGCUAACAUCCCGGCCAGUAGGGUCCCUCUCCAUUCUCCUAGCGUCCGCCAUUCCAUCUCCCUUGGGCCCAACCUCUCCUUCCUAUCCAGAGGUGCGUUCGAGAGGCCUUCUUGUUCCUCCUUCUCUGAAGGCUGAGACGUGCGGCCUUGCCUCGGCUUUGCCUGCUUGUAAGACACAGUCCGCACUCUCUACCUCCGAGGAACCCCGGGGUUCCUCCUGCCCGGCUUCACCCUCCUAUUUCCCAGCGUCUCCGCCCCCUGCCCCGCCCCCGGGCCGGCUCUCCGAGGAGGGGGAACUGCUGUCGCCGCCGCCGCCGCCUCAGCUUCCCACAGCCGCUGCCGCUGCCGCCGCUGCCGCCGCUCUGCCUGGUCCAGCCACCGGCCCAGUGCUCUGACUUCGCCGGACCGGGGAGCUCUGCAGAGACACCCUGACUCCUUCCCGAGGGUCCGGGACGCCUAGCCGGGCGUGGGGGGAAGCUCCGUUUGCGGGGGACAGGGAGGGAGGAGCCUGGAGCCGAAGCCAGCGCCACCCGUCGCCGGAUCAACAGGACAGGACAGGUUGAGGGGCGUCGGGGAAAGGAAGAGGGGGUGCUAUAGGCAAUCCCGGGGAGGACGAGGAAGCCCUGUCGCAGGAAGCUGUGAUCCGCUCUGACUUGUAGGGGGCCUGUUCACAUUUGGGGACUGGUGACAACGUGGGUGCACUCCUCUCUCGGGGGGCUGGUUAGAUUGGAGGGCGUGGGAUCUAAACAGCACCAGCUGUCCCCAAGAAAAUUUAAGGGGCAGCCAGGGGAGAAAAAAAAAGCAAACACGGAUGCUCCUCAUUUUGAGGUGGCGGAAGGCCCUCCAGACAGCUACCUGGUGUAUCCAUUAGGAAGGGUGGAUUUGGAGGUGACUUCAAAAGGAGCGGAGGGUGUGAAGGUGAAGAAAGGGUCUUGGCCGCUAGAAUUCUAUGCUACUAGACAUGGGGGUGACUUGGUGAAAAAGCUGUUAUCCAGCCAGAGGGUCUGGGAGCCCCGUCUUACUGAAUCUGGGCAACCUGGAUAUUCUGAGACAUAUUUUGGGGAGAUUUCAGUGAAAAAGGUGGGGAAUCCCCUCCAUUUAGAGUGUAGCAAAGGAAAAAACACCAAGGUUGGGUUCCUUCCUGACAAUGGCAGUGCCCCAGUAGGGGUGGGAUGAGCGAAUAUCCCCAAAGCUAAAGUCCCACACCCUGUAGAUUACAAGAGUGGAUUUGGUAGGAGUGUGCCCCAAACUACAGUGGAAAGGUGCCUGGAGAUAUUUUAACCACGUCUUGGAAAUUCGGGGGGUCUUGGUUUUGGGAUAGGUGAAGUGGGGACAGACACUGGAGAGGAGGGAAAGAGGACAUUUUCAGUAGGAGGCAAAACUCGAGGGUGGGAUCCACUGAGGAGUACAUAGGCUGCUGGAUCUGGUGGAGCCAGCACUGGGCCCAAGGGUGGCAACUGGCUGCUGUGGAGGGGCUUACUUUGGGGGGGGGUUCUGGGGCUUAUCCUCAGGUCCUGUGGGUGGGGCAGCGAGUCGGGGCCUGAGCGUCAAGAGCAUGCCCUAGUGAGCGGGCUGGAGCCCAGCGCGCUCCUGGCGCCGGCCGGUUUGGGGGUGUCUCCUCCCGGGGCGCCAUGGCGGCGCUGGCCAGUAGCCUGAUCCGGCAGAAGCGGGAGGUCCGCGAGCCCGGGGGCAGCCGGCCAGUGUCGGCACAGCGGCGCGUGUGUCCCCGCGGCACCAAGUCCCUUUGCCAGAAGCAGCUCCUCAUCCUGCUGUCCAAGGUGCGACUGUGCGGGGGGCGGCCCGCGCGGCCGGACCGCGGCCCGGAGCCUCAGCUCAAAGGCAUCGUCACCAAACUGUUCUGCCGCCAGGGUUUCUACCUCCAGGCGAAUCCCGACGGAAGUAUCCAGGGCACCCCAGAGGAUACCAGCUCCUUCACCCACUUCAACCUGAUCCCUGUAGGCCUCCGUGUGGUCACCAUCCAGAGCGCCAAGCUGGGUCACUACAUGGCCAUGAAUGCUGAGGGACUGCUCUAUAGUUCGCCGCAUUUCACAGCUGAGUGUCGCUUUAAGGAGUGUGUCUUUGAGAAUUACUACGUCCUGUACGCCUCUGCUCUCUACCGCCAGCGUCGUUCUGGCCGGGCCUGGUACCUCGGCCUGGACAAGGAGGGCCAGGUCAUGAAGGGAAACCGAGUUAAGAAGACCAAGGCAGCUGCCCACUUUCUGCCUAAGCUCAUGGAGGUGGCCAUGUACCGGGAGCCUUCUCUCCACAGUGUCCCCGAGGCCUCCCCUUCCAGUCCCCCUGCCCCCUGAAAUGUAGUCCCUGGACUGGAGGUUCCUUGCACUCCCAGUGAGCCAGCCACCACCACAACCUGUCUCCCAGUCCUGCUGUCACCCUUGCUGCCACACACAUGCCCUGAGCAGCCAGGUCCCACCAGGUGCUCUACCCUGAGGGAACCUAGGGGCUGGCUGUGACUUCUGAGGCUGCUGAGACCCUUAGAUCCUUGGGCCUAGGAGGGAGUCAGAGAGGGGGAUGUCUGAAGAUGGUCCUGGCUGAUCACUUCUUUCUUUGCACGCUCACACAACGCCAUGCCUUUUCCUGAGAUGGCGCUGGGAGUUCCCAAAUGGACAGCCAGGGCGCAAACAUUUCCCAUGCCGGCUCGUACAGUUCCUGGAGUCCCGUGCCCAUUUUCGUUGCCACUGAGCCAUUUCUAGAUUCACUGAAGCUCAGGAUUCAUGUGUCCUUCUUUCCCUACUCUACCUUCUGCCUUGGUCUGGACACAUUCUGGAACACUGGACACCCUAGCCAGGGCCACUUCUGCACUAGGGCUUUGUGCUGGAACCUAGGUAUGCUGCCAGCCUUUGCUCUGGAUCCAUCAGGCUUCUGUCCUUGACUCAGAUGGAUCCCUGGUUUCCAAGUAGAAAGAGGCUAGAUUUGAGCCUUGUCUAGCUGUUGGCCUUGGCCUGAACUGGAACCAGUCUCAGAUGACCACGGGUUUAACCUUCUUAUCCCAGAGACACCCAAUUCUAGAGCUUUAUGGACCUAUACUUCCUCCUGAAUCCUAGCUCUAGGACAUAGAUCAUGACUCUCAGCCCUUUUACCCAGGAUGGAGCUGGGGCCUGUAUAGCCAUAUUAUUGCUCUCAGUAAGUUCUGGCCCCACCCUCCCACCUUCUUGAGUGAUACCUAUUACGGAUGAGUUCUGGAAAAGACCCAGCUAUGAUUCAUAAAAACCGUUCUGGAUGAAUCAAGAACCACUUCUUGUUUUUCCUAGAUAAUUCUCUAAAAAUACGAUUCUUCCAUAUAGAAUGCUAAGCUUAUUUUUACAUGCAGUUUCUAGCUACUUCAACCCAGAUGAGGCUGUGCCAGGGAGACAGAGUCUGGAGAAGGGCAGAGGGAUUUUGGAAAGAUCCCUGGCUCAUAGUAGGGAAGCUGGGAUGGGGGAGGGGUCAAAAUUAUGGCAUGAUUGAACCUGCCUCUGUGUUAGAUGGAUAUGAAUACUUAGCUACCUCAGCAGGAAUUCCUUCCAGGUCCCCUUUAAAGCUGAGGUCCUUAAAGUAAUGUGUCCUGAAUAAAAAGGACAAAUGGAUACAGCCUUGACCCUCCCAGUGAGGAGACCCCAAUUCAGCAAUAAGUCUCACCCUUCUCCCCUAUAGGUCAGGCCAAGGAGGGUGAAGGCCUCUUGCAUUCCAGACCUCAUAUGCCCCAACAGCUUCUAAUUGGAUAGAACUUGCUUUACCUUACAGCUUAGAACCUUAGCUGAGUUUUAGAUACCCAAAAAGGGCCUGUCUAGAUUUUUUCAGAAAAACAUGGAGCGCUAGGGGCAGCCUGGAAAAAACUGGGAACCUGCUAGUGAACUAGGAGGGAGACUCCCAUAGCCUCAGAUUUGGAUAGGGUAGGCUGAGGGGGCCCUAAGGGAGGGAUUAGGGCUCCAAGGCAGGUCACUUUUCCUUAGGCUGUUCUACUUCUGGCUUGUUGCAAGAGGAGUAGAUGUCCCCUCACCCACACAAACCCCGCUCAGGCUCCACCCAACUCCUGGAACUGCUCCCAGGGGAUCGGGUCCCCACUCCACGCUUUCUCAAUUAAAGACGAUGUAUACAACUAAA